UGCAAAUCAGUUGUUUACCUUCUAAAAUCGAGCCGCAGCACCAAAAUUUAAUUAAGCUUUGAAACAAUGGAAGAAGAUGGCUGUCCUCGUUGUAAAACCACCAAGUAUCGUAAUCCAUCACUCAAAUUGAUGGUAAAUAUCUGUGGACAUACACUUUGCGAGAAUUGUGUUGAACUCCUUUUUAUUAAAGGCGCAAAUACCUGUCCAGAAUGUAACAUCCCACUAAGAAGAAACAAUUUCAGAGUUCAACUAUUUGAUCCACAUGUUGAAAAGGAACUAGACAUACGAAAAAGGAUCUUAAAAGACUUUAACAAAAAGGAAGAAGAUUUUGCAACUUUAGAGGAACAUAAUGCCUAUUUAGAGGAAAUUGAGGAUAUUAUAUUCAAUUUAUGUCAUGACAUUGAUAUCUUAGAGACAAACAAAAGAAUUGAGCAGUAUAAAAAGGAAAAUCGUGAAUCUAUUGUUAAAAACAGACAGAAGAUUAGUAAAGAAGAAUUUGAGCUUGAAGUUAUACUUGAAAAUGAAAAGGAAAUAUCGGAAGUUAGAAAUAAAGAGCUUACCGUAAUUCAGGAAAAUGCUAAAAAGAAAAAGACACUUGAGAAGGAAAAAUUAAUAGAUGAAUUGAUGUUUAGUUCCGGAGAUGCAAAAUCUAUUGUCCAAACGUAUGCUGAGAAAAUGGAAGAAGACAAAAAAGAAUUAGAUUUAGCACCACCACCUCCAAAACUUACGAAAUUCUCUACAGGAAUCAGAUUCUCUUCGAGUAUACAACAACAGUACCUGCCAGUUCCAAAAAUCGAUGAAGGUCCAAUAUUCAUAUACGAAGAACCUGAAAUUGAACUUUAUGGUCCAAAUAUCCCAAGAUAUGAGGAAAUAAGUGAGAAGAACUACCUUAAACAUAUUCGUCAAGAGAAUCAAACUGAACGAGCUGGUGGAUUUCAAAGUAAAAUUGCUUGUUACCGAGCAAUUACAGAAGCGAUGCAAGGACUCUAUCCAUUUUAAGUACCAGUUUGUUAUCGUUUAUUGAAAUAAAAUAAAAUUAAUUUAUAUAAUAAUC